CUUCUGUCUCUUCCCCUUCACUCAGUAGCUGCAGUAGGUCAGAAAGCCAAUAGUUUCUUCUUCGUUUUAGUCCUGAUCUAUAAACAAAGGGGAAAAUGGGAGUAAACAAGGCAAUCGACUCGGGCUAAUGUGUACCAUUUGAUUCGUCUCUGGAGAGGGUUUAUAGAUAGAAAACAAUUCAGACUUUUGAGCUUUUUAAUCAUUUUCUAGAUUAAGUAGUGUACUUCUCUACAAUGGCGGCUUCUUUUGCGGCUAUGCAGCGACCACAAGUUGGAGCUUCCAAUACGGUUUACAAGAGUGGUCCUCUCUUCAUUUCAUCAAAAGGACUUGGUUGGACUUCCUGGAAGAAGCGUUGGUUUAUCCUUACUCGAAACUCUCUGGUCUUCUUCAAAAAUGAUCCGAGUGUAUCACCACAAAAAGGGGGUGAAGUAAAUUUGACUCUUGGAGGCAUUGACUUGAACAGUUCCGGGAGUGUCGUGGUGAGAGAGGAUAAGAAGUUGUUGACUGUAUUAUUCCCAGAUGGGCGUGAUGGAAGAGCCUUCACCCUCAAGGCUGAGUCCUUAGAGGACUUGUAUGAGUGGAAGGCAGCUCUUGAGCAAGCCCUUGCACAGGCUCCUAAUGCAGCAUUGGUAAUUGGUCAAAAUGGGAUAUUCCGAACAGAGGCAACCAAUACAAUUGAAGGGUCCUUUAAUUCAUGGAGAGAUCAGCGCCCAUUGAAGUCUUCUGUUGUUGGAAGACCAAUUCUGCUUGCUCUAGAAGAAAUUGAUGGAAGUCCGUCGUUCCUUGAGAAAGCACUUCAGUUUCUUGAGACUUAUGGAACCAAAGUAGAGGGAAUCCUAAGGCAGUCUGCAGAUGUUGAGGAGGUAGAACGCAGAGUUUAUGAGUACGAACAAGGGAACACAGAUUUUAGUCCUGAAGAGGAUCCACAUGUUGUUGGAGACUGUGUUAAGCAUGUUCUGCGGCAGUUGCCUUCUUCUCCAGUUCCUGCUUCGUGCUGCACUGCUUUGCUAGAAGCUUAUAAAAUCGAUCAUAAAGAAGCUCGGGUUAAAUCACUGCGCUCUGCCAUAGUUGAAACAUUUCCAGAACCAAACAGGCGACUACUACUGCGGAUUCUGAAGAUGAUGCAUACUAUCACCUCUCAUUCCCGUGAGAACCGGAUGACUUCAUCUGCUGUAGCUGCUUGUAUGUCUCCAUUGCUACUGCGUCCUCUACUGGCUGGAGAAUGUGAUCUCGAAGGCUUUGACGCUCUAGAAGAUAACUCUGCCCAGCUUCUUGCUGCCGCUAAUGCUGCCAAUAAUGCUCAAGCUAUUGUCACAUCCCUUUUGGAAGACUAUGGGAAUAUGAUCAAUGAUGAAGGUCUCCAAAGAUGCUCCACUUCUACUGAUUCUCAUAUUGGCGAGAGUGGGCCUGAGAACUCGAGUGAUGAAGAGGACAUAGAGGUUAAACGUCCUGACUUGCACAAUGUGGAUAUAGAAGAUGGCCAAACAGAUGAUGAUGAUGAUGAUGUAAUGCUGAGCAGAAAACGUAGUGAAAGCAGUGGUUAUGCUGGCAGUGAUCUGUAUGACUACAAGGAAUAUGGGGUUGAAGAUUCAGAUGCUGAGUCUCCUAAAGACAUCCAUUGUUCAAUCGAGAGUACUGGCGAGUUUCCCACUAGAGUGAAAAGACAAAUUGAAGAGCCUUUUAAAGAUAUAGAAAUCGCCAGCGUAUCACCUACUGAGAACUGUUAUCAAUCAGGGAGAGAGGCUAUGCCAUCAGUCAAUCCCAGUACCCCUCUCACUGCUCCUAGAUACACAGCUUCAGCUGAGAAACCUGUAAACAAAACUGCUGGCUUAUCAACGGUUAGUUCUAAGCGUUCUUCACCCUGGGGAAGAGGCAGCGGUCAAAAAACUCCUGCUAAAGGAUCAUUUGAUGGUUCAGGAAAUGACGAGCUUCUAAUUCAGAGGCUGGAGCUUAUGAAAGAUGAGCUGAGGCAACGAAUCGCUAAGGAGGCUAAGGGAAAUGCAGUAUUACAAGCUAGCUUGGAGAGAAGGAAGCAGGCUUUGCAUGAACGUCGGUUGGCACUUGAACAAGAUGUUGGCAGAUUACAAGAGCAACUACAAGCUGAGAGAGACCUCAGAUCCGCUCUUGAAGUUGGUCUUAGCAGUUCUUGUGGACACUUUAGCUCACAAGCUGCGGAUUCUAAAACAAGGGCUGAGCUUGAGGAGAUUGCUCUCGCAGAAGCUGAUGUGGCAAGACUGAAGCAGAAAGUAGCAGAGUUACAUCAUCAGCUUAGUCAGCAGCGCCAUCAUCACUUAAGCUCACUCCCAGAUGCUCAAAGCCAUCAUCAGUUUCUCCAGAAUCACAAUACUCAACUGAAGUCUUUUCAGCAGGAUUUUGAUUCCAUUCUUGCUUUCGUUAAUCAAGAAAGAAACCAGAGAACGGAUGAGAGCAGCUUAAGAGCAGAAUGGAGAAACGGAAGAGCAAACAACAGGCAAGUACCAGGCUCACCGAGGCUAAACGAAGCAUCCUUAGGCAUUCCAAUGGAAGAGUUUUCACCUGUGAUGGAGUACGCAAGACAUGAGCAUAAUAACCAUCCUCCUCCUGCAGCAUCUGCAGCUCUCAUGGAGCUAACAACUCGUCUGGAUUUCUUCAAGGAAAGACGGUCACAGCUUAUGCAGCAGAUUCAUAAUCUGGACCUCAGCUAUGGUUCUUCCUCUUCUGUGCAUAGAUCGUCUUCUCCACCGUGGAACUAAAGCUCCUUAAGCAGUUUCUUCCCCUUCCCCCUUCUUUUAUCCAUGUAAUCAGAAAAAAAAAAGAAUGUAUAAAGUCAUCAGCCUUCGCAGACUUGUAAAACACCGGUUUAAAGCCAAACCGACUAUAUCUAUCUAUGGACCAAAAUGAUGAGAAGUUGUUUGCUGUUACGUCUUUGUUAGUGUGAUUUAUGUAAGAUUUUAAAGAAUUUGUAUAAGUUUUUUUUUAUAUAUCUCUAUUUUACUUGUAAAAUUAUAACAAAAAAAAAUUGACUACAGUAGUGGUUUUUUUUUCUUUUUCUGCCGACCUGUAGUGCUAUAAUGAGUCACAAUAUUUAAUUAUUCGAUGGAAAAAGAAAUAUUCUUGAAGUUAAAAGAAAAAACGCGCUGGAGAGAUAUCGAAGGGCUCUCUCUCUUAACUCUCUCUGUAUCUUUCAGAGAGAGAGUCCGACUCGAUGGUCGUCCAGCGGUUGUGGCUGGCGAUAUGUCUCCUCCGUAGGGGAUGAGGUUCCGACAUCUGUUGCUUAGUUAGAACAGACUGGUCGGCUUUUGGCUCCGGUGGUAGACGUUCUUCUCUGGCGUUCCCACUGGCUCUUGGCUCCGACGUCUCACUUACUUCUCUGGUGAUGACGACGGCUUCUCUCCGGGUCCUUUCCCGGUCUGGUUCGAUCUUUGACGUCUCGACUUCCGCUGCGCAGUCGCCUGUGUUCCAAUUUCCGAUUGAUUUUUCCUUCUCUUAGGAAAAUCGUUAUUGGAAGCGUGGUUGUCGAUUGAUGAAGCAGAGAUCUUUUGGCAUGGACUUUGACGUCUUUGGUAGCUCCGUUUUUUCGGAUCUGUUCUCGGCUUGGACCGAUUUGAUGCGAUCUGGUUAGUCAGGCUCCGGCGUUUUAGCCUUUGUCUGUAUGGCCUCUUAAUUGCUAAAGUCGUCCGACGGUUUCUUCUCAUCUAUGUCCUGCUCCGGUGUGUUCCGGUGGACUGUCGAUGAGCUGCUCCGGUGACGAUUUUCCGGUCGUUGGUGAUGGGUGUCGAUUGUGCUUCCACGUGCCCCUCCAUCUCUCUUCCGUAAGACGCGUGUUGAGGUUGACUCGACCUCCGUUCCUCCCUUGGGCUAUUUUUUGUAGUUGGAUCCUCUUGGGCCUCUUGUGUUUUUCUUGGUUUUCGUGUGGCUAGACCUUUUGGCCUUUUGUGUUGUAUAGCUUGGGCUUUUACCUUUAUAAUAUUAUUAGAUGACAAAAAAAAAAAAAAAAAGAAAAAACGCGCUUUACUAAAUUCUCUGUAUAUAUAUAAAGAGAUGAGAGACUUAUCUACGAAGCAAAAUACAAUCAAAGGAGAGGCGAUAAUGGCGGAUCAACAAGGAGGAACAGUUCUGGGAGGAGUUCGCGAUGUCGAUCCAAAUGCUAAUGAUCUUCAAGUCGAGAGUCUCGCUCGUUUCGCUGUCGAUGAGCAUAACAAGAAGGAGAACGUGAGUCUGGAGUACAGGAGGCUGAUUGGUGCGAAAACGCAGGUGGUGGCAGGGACGAUGCACCAUCUGACGGUGGAGGUGGCUGAUGGUGAGACCAAGAAGGUGUACGAGGCCAAGGUUUUGGAGAAGGCCUGGGAGAAUCUCAAGAAGCUGGAGGACUUCACCCACCUUCGCGAUGUUUAGUUUCAUUACCUGAUAAGCACAUCACAUUCUACGUGAUUAGAGUCUUUGUUUAGUGUUUAACCAAUGGGUAACUCUCUCGUUAAAUAAGUGAAUGUGAAAUUCUACUACUCCAUGUGUUUGGGUCUGUGUAAUGGAACUGGUGUUGUGUUUAUCUAUUUAUGACUUUCUCGUUUGUGUAUUA